CAAUUGGAAAAUGUAAACGUGUCAUGGAACAGAUGCAUAUAAACCCGCGGCAUAAUCCCCUCCGGAUUAAAUAGAGUAUUGAGUUUGCACUCGAGGAAAUGGUGGAAUUGGUCUGACUGAGAGAACUCUGGGGUUUUAUUUUUUAAGUGAUUAUUGUUGGGACUGGUGAAUAAUGAGAGUUUUGAGGAUGAGGCGAAGUCGCACGGUGAAUGCCCUCAUUGGCUUGACAGUUGUGGUUUUAGUAGUUUACGCUGUUUGUUCGACAUUCUCGACAGAUCAUGUCAAUAAUAUUAAGGAUUAUUGGGCCGAGGGACUGCGGGGCAAAAGGGUCCCCCGGUUCAUAGAAGACCCCGGGAAUUUCGAGCCGCGGGACGUGAAGCCGCGCAAGGGUCCCGGUGAGGGUGGCAAGUCCCACGUCCUCCGCGACGACCAGCAAAACGACGUCCAACAGUCGGAAUCGGACUACGGCAUGAACAUGGUCUGCUCCGACGAGAUCUCCCUGGACCGAAGUAUCCCGGACAUGCGCCCGGACGAGUGCAAGCACUGGGACUACCCGGAGCAGUUGCCAAAGACGAGUGUGAUCAUAGUAUUCCACAACGAGGGCUGGUCAGUGCUGCUGCGGACAGUCCACAGCGUGAUAAACCGAACGCCGCCCCAAUUCCUGGAGGAAGUGCUUCUCGUGGACGACUUCUCCGACAAGGAGAACCUGAAGAGCGAGCUGGAAUCCUACAUCGAGCGGUGGAACGGAAAGGUUCGACUGCUGAGGAACACGGAGAGACAGGGCCUGAUCAGAACUCGCUCGCGAGGGGCCAGAGAGGCCCGUGGAGAGGUGAUCGUCUUCCUGGACGCCCACUGCGAGGUCAACAUAAACUGGCUGCCGCCCCUGCUGGCGCCCAUCGCAGUCAGCAGCACUGUGAUGACAGUCCCAAUAAUCGACGGAAUAGACCACAAGACCUUCGAGUACCGUCCGGUGUACCAGGAGGGCCACCUGUACCGUGGCAUCUUCGAGUGGGGGAUGCUGUACAAAGAGAACGAGGUCCCCAAACGAGAGUUGAAGACUCGAGCCUACUCCAGCGAGCCCUACAAGUCCCCCACCCACGCUGGAGGGCUCUUCGCCAUGAACAGGAAGUUCUUCCUUUCCCUGGGGGGUUACGACGAGGGUCUCCUGGUCUGGGGUGGUGAGAACUUCGAGCUGAGCUUCAAGGUCUGGCAGUGUGGGGGGAGCAUCCUCUGGGUGCCGUGCUCCCACGUGGGCCACGUCUACAGGGGAUUCAUGCCCUACAAUUUUGGAAAGCUCGCGCAGAAGAAGAAGGGACCUCUCAUCACCAUUAAUUAUAAGAGGGUCAUUGAGACGUGGUUCGACGAGAAGCACAAGGAGUUCUUCUACACCAGGGAACCCCUAGCCAGGCUGCUGGAUCACGGUGACAUCAGUGAGCAGCUCAAGUUCAAGGAGAGGAAGAAGUGCAAGAACUUUCAGUGGUUCAUGGACAAUGUGGCUUAUGAUGUUUACGAUAAGUUUCCAGAGCUGCCGCCGAAUAUUCAUUGGGGGGAGCUCAGGAGUGCUGCCACUUCAGCCUGUCUGGACACCAUGGGGCAGGCACCACCGACCUUGAUGGCCACUUCGCAUUGUCAUGGGUAUGGGAACAAUCAGCUUGUGAGGCUGAAUGCCAAGGGGCAGAUGGGGAUUGGGGAGAGGUGUGUCGAGGCUGAUAGCCAGGGGAUUAAGCUGGCCUUCUGCAGGCUGGGGACUGUUGACGGACCCUGGCAGUACGACGAGAAGACCAAGACUCUUCUUCAUAGGGUUCACAAAAAGUGCGUGGCUUUUCAUCCGCAGACUCAUCAACUUUCACUCAUGCCGUGCGAUGUUAACAAUGUUUAUCAGCAGUGGAGUUUUCACCAGAUACAUCCCGACUGGUGAAAGUCGAGGGCAUUGUUGCGCACAGGUCUCUACUAUUGAGUACUUAAGACUAGCUGUGAAGUUUUGGAGGAUAGGGGUUUUUGGGAGGAGUUGGGAGGUAGAUAUUUGCAGAAUUGGGAGAGUUAUUUUGAAUAGUUGGAGUUUAGUCUAUUUUAUGAGUCUGGUGGGGUUUUGCGGGACUUUGUUUAGUGCUGGUUUUGAGAAUUUAAACACGUAGUUUUUUAUUUUUAUAAAUAGUGAGGGAUUAACGAGUUGUAUUCGUGAAAUUUAAUGAGUUGAUGGCAAAAGCUGAAAGUGGAGUUAUUUUGAAGGUUUGGAGAAAUGCCGUUUGCAGUUUAUGAUAUGCAUGAUUAAAAAUAUCUUCAGUUUUUAAGGGGAAAGUAAUGUUUACAGCUGAGAAAUGUUGGAUUUAAAGAAAAUUACUUUUCCUAAUUUUUUUGAUACUCUUAGGUGUUUUAUGACACAUCAAUUGGAGUUUUUGGAGUGAAAAAUUUCAUGCAACAAAAUUGAAUUGAGUUGUGAGGAUUUCCGUAAUCAUUUUGCAUUUUUGGAGAGCCUCUGUUUCUCUUCUACUAUGAUAUAAAUAAAAAAUUAUCCCUUUACUCUCUCGUUACACUAGAUCGAUAGAGUUGUAAUUUCGUGAAUCCAAGACUAAAUAAAUCAAUCUUCCUGAUUUUUCUGAUACUCGUAGGUACUCAAGACAUUCCGCCAAGUCAUUCCUCAUGAUUCUUGAACCAGUGUUUACACACGUCCCAAUUUUAUAAGAUUUUUUUAGCCCAGGAUCUUCCACUUGACAGAGAUUAAAGUUCUGGACUUAGUUCAAUUCUUGGUAUACGAUUUAUGAAGAAAACCCUCGAAUGUAUAGUGAAUCAUUUACUUGUGCCGAAUUUAUGUAAUUGUGUGAAUCAAUCAAGGAUUCAGCAACCUCGAAACUAUCAGAAUCGACUAAUACCUAGAUAUAAAUUGAAUGAAAAAUCUAAAAAAAUAGGUAUCUGCACUCAAGAACUAACAAAUAAUUUUUUAUAUCUAAAUAUAAAAAAUGACUGACAAAAAAUCAUUGAAGAACAAAUUUGUUUAAUCUACCUGUUAAUUCAUUCACACCGAACUCGUGUAAUUUAAUAUGCCAACAAUUACUAUUUUAUUACGAAAUAAAUGAUGUUUAUAUUUA